AUGGUCAAGCUUACGGCCUGUUUGCUACUGCUUGUAGCUGCAGUACAGGCUAAACUCCCGGUUACUCCGAUCAGCCAGCUCCGCGCAGAGUCCCAUCGUAACAAGGCUCUUGUUGCCCGCAGUCAGGAUGUAAAUGCUGCGUUCCCUGCGCAUACUAUCCAGAUCCCCAUCGACCACUUCCCAAAGAGCAGCCGAUAUGAACCUCACACCACGGAGAAGUUCAACCUGCGAUACUGGUUUGAUGCUAGCCAUUACAAGGAGGGUGGCCCUGUGAUCAUUCUUCAUGGCGGAGAGACUAGCGGCGAAGGUCGCAUUCCAUUCCUCCAGAAGGGUAUCCUGGCCCAGCUUGCACAGGCAACAAAUGGUAUCGGAGUUAUCAUGGAGCACCGAUACUACGGUGGCUCUCUUCCAACUCCCGAUUUCUCGAACAAGAGCUUGCGCUUCUUGACAACCGAACAAGCACUUGCUGAUACUGCUUACUUCUCCAAGAACAUCAAGUUCCCGGGUCUUGAGAAAUAUAACUUGACUGCUCCUGGUACUGCGCAUAUCCUGUACGGAGGCUCAUAUGCUGGUGGACAAGUUGCAUUCCUUCGAACACAGUACCCUGAUAUCUUCUGGGGAGCCAUCUCUUCCUCUGGUGUGACCAAGGCCAUAUAUGAUUACUGGCAGUACUUUGAGCCCAUCCGUCAGGAGGCCCCUCAGGACUGUGUCCAUGUCACCCAAAACUUCGUUGAUAUCGUUGACAACAUUAUUAUCAACGGAAAGAAUGCCAACACCACCAGAGAGUUGAAGAACUUGUUUGGUCUUGGCCGCCUCCGUGAUGCUGACUUUGCCAAUGCCCUCUCCUCUGGUAUUACCGGAUGGCAGUCCACCAACUGGGACCCUGCCAUUAGCGGCAAGAGCUUCUACCAGUACUGCGGUGAAAUCACCAGUGACCGUUACCUCUAUCCGGUUACUGCUCAGCAGAAGGCUUCUGCUAAGCGUAUCAUCGAAGCCGGCGGACACGGACGUGAAGCUCCUGAGAUCCUACCCCAGCUGCUCAACUUUGUCGGUUGGCUCAACAAGAGCACCUUGGAGUCCUGCUCCGGCCAGGGCCAAACUGCUGAGGAGUGCCUGAACUCCUACGAUGAGGCCUUUUACAAGCAGGAUAAUGCCGACCAGAGCUGGAGAGCAUGGCCCUGGCAAUACUGCAACGAAUGGGGAUACCUCCAGACCGGCAGCGGUGCUCCCAAGAACAUCCGUCCUGUCAUUUCCCGACUGAUCGACCUGCCAUACACUUCCAACAUCUGCAAGCAGGCCUUUGGCAUUACCAAACCAUCCAACGUUGACCUUGUCAACAAGUAUGGCGCUUUCGACAUCGAGUAUGACCGUCUUGCCUUUGUCGAUGGAGGUUCAGACCCAUGGAAGGAGGCUGGUGUCCACGCGACUGCUGCCAGAAAGCGAGGAACCUCCACCAACAAGCCGUUUAUCCUCAUCCCUGACGCUGUCCACCACUGGGACGAGAAUGGACUCUAUCCCAACGAGACCACCGCCGAGCUUCCACCACAGCGGAUCAAGGAAGUUCAGGCUGAGGAAGCCCGCUUCGUCAAGGAAUGGAUGAAGGUACAUAUAUACAUUGAUCAUCAGACAUUUACCGGCAUACGGAAGAACUUAUCUUUGAUGAAUGAUGAAUUACCUGCUCACGUUCUGCCUUUCCUUGUCCCCCCCACAAGCACAAAAAAUGCGGUAUCACCAUCUCAUGAGCAGCCAGCUGACCCGCGAAUCGCCAUCUCCUCCUGGGCCUGCGCCGGGUUGUCAGUUGUCGUAGCCCGUAUAUGCUGCUCACCCAUCGGCUAUCGUUGUCCCUCUCGUGACCUGGCUGCACAACCAAGCAAAAGCAAAAAGGACCGCCGCGGCCAGCAGCUCUCGCCAGCGGCGGGAGAUCCAAUUGUGUGCACAGGGCUUACCACGAGGCUGGGUUUCGUAAGCUUUCUCGUCUUUGCUUUUUCGUCGUUUACGUUCAUCCCAGAUAUCGAGACUCUUAAAGCUGCUGUGCUAAGGUCUGGAGAAGUUUUGUGGAGUCAUGAUGCUGCUGCUGAGUGCUGUUGUGUGUUGAGUGUCCUUUUCGCCGCCAGCUGUACAGAAAGCCGAAAGCUGCGUCUCGAUAUUUAG